GCGGUGCACGCGGCUGCAGGCCUGGCGCGGGGCACAGGGGCCGUGAGGCUGCUGCGCACCGCGGAAGGCAUCUGCAGGGCCGCGGUGGCGAAGCUCGAGGGGAGAGCCCACCAGCACCAGAUGCUGGCCCCGCAGCGGCGGCGCCGCCUGGCGGCGCGAGUCGCCGCCGCCGCGCGCGGAGGGCCAGGCGGGCAGGUGCUGCCGGCGGCCGGGCCGCCGAGGGACCUUCCGAGGCGUCUGCACGUGCAGAGGCUGGAGCUGGCGGAGCUUCCGCGGCGGGCAGCGGCGGCGCUGGGGCUGGCGGUGCGCCCAUGGGCCUUGAGCCUUGAGCUCGUGCGCGUGCCUUCCGCGGCGGAGCCCACCGCUAAGAACGAGGACGAGGAGAUGGCCGAGCUGAACGACGAGUGGGCCGACACGGCCCCCGUGCGGCUCGCCCAGCCGCCACCCGCGGGCCCUGCUUGCCGCCGCGACGCCAUCCUGGCGGCCUUGGCGGUCUCGCCGAUCUUCGCCUGCGACCCAGCCUUGGCGGCGACCUGGGUGUGCCGCACGGCGGAGGAGCUCGAGCGGCUGACCCCUUGGCUCCAAGACGAGCUCGCGGCGCUGGGCCACGCGCCGUGCGCGCCUGGGCUGCUGGGCGCCGUUG